CUCAGAAUGACCAAAAUAGUUGCCCAUCUGCCAUCCUCCACCAGAACCUGACACAACUUCUAUUUCAGCAUCACCCAACCCGCACAGCUGAUCACGACACUAACCUCCCACCCCGCCCACGCACAUCCCCUCACCACGAAUCUCCACCUUCCCAACACAAACCAAACAUCCCCAAACAAUGUCCGAACGAAUCCCCGAAUCAGUCCCCACCUCCCAGCACCCCUCGCACUCCACCUCGCGCCCCAAAAAACGCGCACUCUCCCCCUCCUCCGCCACCGCCGCCAACAUCUCCCACCUCUUCGCCAAGCCCGACGCGGCCCUCGCGCUCGCCAACAGCGCCAGCAGCAGCAGCUCGUCCGCCUUCUCUGCCGCGCCCCCGGAAAUCGUCGCGAAUGUGCAGGGAUCUAGCGCGGGCGCGGGAAGCGGGGAGUUCCAUGUGUAUAAGGCAAGUCGGAGGCGGGAGUUUGCGAGGCUGAAGGCGAUGGAUGAGGAGGUGUUGGGGGAGAAGAUGGAGGAGGAGUAUGAGAGGGAGAAGAGGGAAAGGGAGGAGAGGGAUAGGGAGGCGACGGAGAGGAGGAGGAAGAAGAGGGAGGGGAGGAGGAAGAAGGGGAAGGGUGGGAAGGAGGUAGUGGCCAAAGAGGGGGCUAAGGUUGGGGGAAUGAAGCCGAGGGCUGAUGUGGUGAUGGGGGAUGCGGCGGGUGUGAGCGUUGCGCCGGCGUUGGAGGCGGCGCAGGAACAAGGGCUUAUUAUUCAUGACGACGAUUGAGCAUGCCCACUUGAGGUUCCUUACCAUGCAAAUUUUCCGACGCACCUCCGAGGCCAGAUAUCCCGGUCUGUGGAGACUAUAGAAGGCAUAUGGCCUUUGGAAAAGGUGCUGAGUGGAUAUAGGACAUGACCGAAGCACAGCUACGAUACUGGGGAAAUGGACGUCACUCCCACCCAGUGUUGCUGAACAUAUGGAGGAGUGUGAUCGACUUCAACCACCGAGAAGCGGGCAUCCAUACGACAGCCUAGAGCUUAAAUGUAUCAACAGACAGACAUGUAGAAUUAAGAGUAUCACUUCAUC